UUCAACGGAAUGAUGUGUCGACGAAAUGUCAAGCCGACAUUUAGCCUAAAAAACUCGAACUAAAUAAUAUAUUCUCCAACAAAUAACUCCAAGCUACUCAAUAUUUGUUACAGAACAUAUCUAGCUAUUUUUCUGGGCGUCUAUGUAGAUAUAUUUGUUCACAGAGCGAUUUUAAAAUGGUCAUGAACGAUUUCUUCUUCUGGAGUUAAUGGCGGAUAACUUGCUAAAAGCUGGUGAUGUUGUCAGGCAACGAUGGAAAAUCACCAAAAAAAUUGGUGGUGGUGGGUUUGGAGAAAUAUACAAGGGUUUGGACAUGGUGACACACGAAAAUGUAGCUAUGAAAGUAGAAUCUGUGCAUCAGUCCAAACAGGUCUUGAAGAUGGAAGUGGCAGUAUUGAAAAAGCUUCAAGGGACUGAACAUGUUUGCAAGUUUGUCAGUUGUGGAAGAAAUGAAAGUUUCAACUACCUGGUUAUGUCAUUGCAAGGUGUCAAUCUAGCAGAACUGCGUCGAAGCCAGCCAAAGGGGGUGUUUUCCUUGAGCACCUCAUUAAGACUGGGAGUGCAGAUACUCAAGUCUAUUAAAUUUAUUCAUGAGGCUGGCUUCUUGCACAGGGACAUCAAACCGUCUAACUUUGCCAUGGGAACAUCUCCAGAUACUUGCCAUAUAUGUUACAUGUUGGACUUUGGACUAGCUAGACAAUACACCAAGGCAAAUGGAGAAGUUAGGCCUCCAAGAAGUUCUGCAGGAUUUAGAGGAACAGUUCGCUAUGCUGCUAUCAAUGCUCAUGACAACAAGGAAAUGGGGCGUCAAGAUGAUCUAUGGUCCUUCCUGUAUGUCAUGGUGGAAUUCAGUGUUGGCCACUUACCAUGGAGGAAAAUUAAAGAUAAGGAACAAGUUGGUAGGAUGAAACACAACUAUAACGUCAAUAAUUUACUGAAACCUUUACCUUCAGAAUUCAAACAAUUUCAGGAACACAUAUCAAAGUUGACAUAUGAAGACAAACCCGAUUAUAAGUUAUUGAUGGGUCUUAUGGAACAAGUGAUCAAGAGAAAAGGAAUCAAAGAAUCUGAUCCGUACGACUGGGAGAAGGUCCACUCCCAUGAAGUAUCCCAGACAACAACCAACACCAGCACACCCCUCAUCGGACAGAUGCAAUCCACACCACACGAGAACAAAGACCACCUUGAAAUUCAUGGAUCAGACCAUCCUAUACCCACAGCUGACAUUAUAGAAGAGUUGACAGAUCAUCUCAUUGAGAACAAAGGGAAUAACCCAAGGAAUAUUGGUGGUGAUGUGAAGGGAGGGAAGAAGGAUAAGGGAGCUAUACAGAAGAUCAAAGAAGUGUUGGAUGCUGUUGGCAGUAAUGGAAAGCUGAUUAAUGGACAUUGCAACUUGGUGACCACUAUGAAUGAGGGAAAAUUGAAAAAUGGAGAGGAUAAAGCAUUAGAAACGCCAGCUAUAAUAUCAGCCAUCGUGCGUGAUGUACAGAAAGCACAAGUAGCAAAGGUAGAUACUAACCAAGACACAAGGACACCUAAAGACAUGCACGAGCAGAAUGAAGCUGGGGAGAACCACAAAGAAUGGUUCGAUGUGGUACCGGAAACCGUUGAUGGAGCUGUUGAAAAUGUGCAGAAUAAUAUUGAAAGCUCUCCAGGAGAGGGGACACAGAAAACGGUCAUUCUUACACCUGACUCCACCCCUGUCAAAAUUGUCGACACUCCGUCAGAAUCGCCAGCAUGGCCAGGAAUUGUAAUUACGGAGCCAGAACCCAACGAACAGGAGAAGAACAAAGAAGAUGGUGGUGAUAUUGCGCAUAAACCCUGGCUAGAAGAUAACGCAGAGGACCAGCCUGUUGUGAUGCCUACCCCAUUGCUCCAUGCUACCUACCACCAAGGGGACUUGCCGGCUUUGAACAGGCACAGAGAGAUCAAGGUUAAUUAUAUCAACCACCAUGCUCAUUUAUCACCAGAUAUCGAUGACAUCUUGGGACCUGCAGAUGAGGAUUAUGUACUCCGGACCUGGCGACAGACGGCCAGCAUGGAGCAUCUCAAUGUCGAGGACCAAAAAGAAGGUUCUAGAGAACCAAGAAUGAAGAAUUCUGUCUCCGCUCCUGAUCUGCAGGUGAACUUGGAUCUGUAUCGCGUUCCUUCCGUGCUUGAGCAAAUGCAGUACGAGCGCCCUGCUCUCACAUCCAAGACAGUCUCCACAUACAUCACUCAAGAGGUAGCCGAAUACAAACUAGAUUCAAUCAACUUUGCUUCGGAUAAAGAGGUUUCGUCAACGGAGUCUCAUCGUGGAAUCCACGUGGAUGUGUCACGCAAUAUCGUCACAACAAACCCCGUGACAACGUCGAAUGAUUACGAGACUCGAGACAGUGAUGAUAAGGGUGUUGCGGCCGGGAGCGGGCUGACUACUGGGGACUUGGGAUACCAGGAAACCUCAAAUAUUUCCAAUUCCGAGGACACAAAGAGUGAAAACUAUGAAGGGAGAGAAGAAAGUGCUCCUGAUGAAGACUUCCCAGAACCUGCAGAUAUAGAGUUAGAUACUGUAGAUGUCAACGAACAAACCAACAAUGUAAAAAUUAUUGAAUUUGAUCAUACGUUUUCUGAGAGUAGUAGUUUCGACAAAGAAAGUGAGAAAAUUGAGAGGAGCGAAAAUAACACUCCACAGAAUGAUGGAGUAAAUCUGCCAGUAAAUGACCAACUGCAAGAAACUUUGAACUUAGAACAGCGUCCUUUAAAUGAUAUCAGACAAAAACACUCUAGUAAUGAGGUUGAGGAGAAUUAUAAAGAGCCGUACAGUGAACCAUCAGUCAGUGAUGGGAACGAGAAUAACCUUCAGAUUGCUGUAGAAGAUAAACUGAACCAACAUGAAAGUGAAGACGAUGCAGAAGAUAAAAAUUAUAAUAUGCCUUCAAUCAAUGAACUCGAGGAUAAUAAUGGUACAUUGUCAAUGGGUAAGGUCAAUGAAAGUCAAAAUGAGGAUUAUGAUGUGGAAGAACAAUGUCACAUACCAACACUUAAUGAAUUAGGAAGUAAUGAUAUUGUCGCCGAGGCUUCGACAAGUAAUUUUGGGUUCGGUCAGUUGGUAGAGGACUCUGAACCGGUACCUGCUCCAAGAGAGGGGCGAUCGGGCUCGAUAGAUGAGAUGUGUCGUAUUCCAACCUUAACAGAGCUGGCCGUGGAGGAUUAUGGGGUAGUGAUGGAGGCAUGCACUAGUAAUGAUAUCCUAGAAGGGAGAAGGUACUCUGAGGAUGAUAUUUAUACGAACACAAGGCAUGGAACAGAGACCGCCUCCAAACCUCUGCACCCCAAACCACCACCUGGUCGAUCUGGAAAUGGUUGCGUCCAGGCAAGGCUACGACGCUACAAGCAGAAGAAGCACAAUGGUUUUAUCCCGCAUCUAGUAGCCUUGAGUGACAAACCUGUUAUCAUUUAGAUAUCAACACGUGAUCAGGGAGAUUCCUUUUUUUACCACAUCCAGUUGAUCUGAAAUAGUUUUAACAGCAUUAACUGUCACUGCAAAACGGAGGUCCCAUGAAGCCUGUGAAAAUAUCAGCGAAAUUUAAAAACAUGCCCGCCAUUGGAAUAAAGCUAUAAAACUCAUGGUUAUUGUGUCACUGUUAUCAAGCGAGUAUUAGCAAUGUUAUUUUUUUCAUUUGGUGGCCUGAAAAUCCGUGAUUUCAAGAGGAAAAGUAACACAUCAGUUUUGCCGAAUUAUCUCGAUUCUGAUUGGCUAGCAUUUUUACUCAGAUCAGCUGGACGUGCUAAAAUACCUUAAUAUUUUGAGCCUUUUAAAUAAAUGUCCUAAAAGUA